CCCGCCCCGCGCCGCGCCCGGGUAUAUAAGCCGCCACCCGUCGGUCGCUCAUCAUUCCUGCUCUGUUGCAGCUUCAGCACACUCCUCAGCUGACACACUCCGUCCUACAAAAUGGCCGCUAAAUUCGUCGUCCUUAUCGCCUUCUUGGCUGUGGCAAACGCGGGCAUGGUGCGCCGCGACGCGCCCGCUAACCCCUGGGAGGAGAUCCAAAAGAACGCGGAGGCGGUGGGCAAGACCAUCCAGGAGCAGUGGAACAAGCUGGUAAACAGCAAAAACACGGCCGAGGUCAACAAGGCCAUCAAGGACAACUCCGACGAGGUGCUCAAGCAGCUGUCGCAGCUGUCCACCUCGUUGCAGAAUGCUAUGAACGACGCCAACGGUAAAGCUAAGGAAGCCCUCGAGACUUCGAAGAAGAACAUCGAGAAGGCCGUGGAGGACCUCCGCAAGUCGCACCCCGAGGUGGAGCAGCAGGCCAACAAGCUGCGCGACCAGCUGCAGGCCGCCGUGCAGACCGGAGUGAAGGAAACCGAGAAACUCGCGAAGGAGAUCGCCGCCAACGCCGACGAGGCCAACAAGAAGCUUGCGCCGCAGGUCAAGAAGGCCUACGAGGACUUCGUGAAGCAGGCCGAGGAGGUCCAGAAGAAGAUCCACGAGGCUGCCACCAAGCAGUGAGCGCCCCCCGCACACCCCGCCCUGCCCCUAUCUUGUAAUAAAUAGCUAUACCCCA